GUCGUCCUCCAAUCACACCAGAGGUUCUUGACAGAAGCUGCGCAGCGGUGCGAGGCUCCGGUCCUCCUUUCCUUCCCCCUCUUCCGCCGAAGAUGGCGGCUGCCGUGGGGCCUGGCUUAGGCGCGGAGGAGCUGAGUCUGUUGGAGAAAUCUUUGGGCUUGAAGAAGGGGAACAAGUAUAGCGGUCAAGGAGAGCGGAAGACUCCUGUACUACAGAUGAACAAUGGACCUAGCCUGACUGGACUGACUACAAUAGCCAUCCAUCUGGUCAAACAAGCAAAGAAGGAGCAGCUUCUUGGGAGUACUGCAGAAGAGAAAGCAAUAGUUCAGCAGUGGUUAGAAUACAGAGUAACACAAAUCGAUAAACUAUCUAGUAAAGAAGAUAUUAGACUAAUUCUGAAGGAACUUAAUUCAUACCUUGAAGAUAAGGUCUAUGUUACAGGAAAUAAUUUUACUUUAGCAGAUAUUUUACUGUACUAUGGACUUCACCACAUAAUAGCUGGACUUACAGUGCAGGAGAAGGAAAAAUACCUUAAUGUGUCUCGCUGGUUUAAUCAUAUUCAGCAUUAUCCAGGUAUUCGGCAACAUCUGUCUAGCAUAGUCUUCAUCAAGAACAGACUCUAUAAUACAUAUUAAGACAUUAAGUGCCGUGUUUGGAAUUCCUGAGAUAUGAAAACCCUGUUCUGGAACCACUAACAUACAGUCAUUGAUUUAUGUCUUUUUCCAUAUGUGAAUCUGAACAGUUGGUGCCUGAAGUAAUAAAGUCACAUUGAGUAGCUGUUUAGGAAUAUGGACUUCAUUUGAACAAUUGUUUGGCGAAUUCAGCAAGUGAAAUGUGAAUCAAGCUUCUUAAAGAACAGUAUAACAUUUUAAUAAUCCAGAUAUAUAGGAACUUAGCCUUUAUUGCAAGGAAAUAUAUACAACUUAUUUGCAAUAUCUGUUGCUGUACUAUUGGUCUGAAUUGUAUCAUGCAUAAUACUCCCUUGUAUUUUUCUCCUAUGGAUGUUUACACUAGUUUUGUAAAAGUUACUAUGAAAAAUUCUACUGUGCCAAGGAUUUUGAAGAGAAGCCAAAUGUAUUGGUAGCAAAUCAUAUUUAUGUGAUAAAUUAUUAAAAGUCUUAGUUUUGAUUAUGAUUUAUUUCCUUGGACAAAAUACAAAUUGUCAUGAAAUAUUAAAAUAUCAAAAUAUGUUACACUGGAAAA